AUGUUUAAGAACAAAGCUUGGAUUAUUUGCGGUGAUUUCAAUGAGGUGUUGGAGGGAGGUGAUCACUCUUUGUUUGCUUCAUCUCCGACUAUCUCCCAUGGUAUGCGUGAUUUUCAGGAUCUGGAUGGGGUUAUAUGCAAGAAAUUGGAUAGGGUGCUGAUUAGCAAGUCAUGGCUGCACCAGUACCAUCAGUCUUACUCUGUUUUUGAAUCAGGGGGUUGUUCGGAUCAUAUGCGAUGCAGAUUCUAUAUUUCGGAGGAAGAGAAGCGGGUCAAGAAGCCGUUUAAAUUUAUGAAGGCAACAACUAAUCACCCUGACGACCACACCUUUCUAGCUGAGAGAUGGACAAAGUCUCCACCACUCUUCCACUCUAUAUCUGCAAUGCAUAGGUUCUCAAAGAAAUUAAAGGGUCUGCAACCGCUACUGAGGUCCAUGGGGAAACAACAGGUUGGCCAUAUCACCAUCCGUACGAAGGAAGCCUAUAAGUGUCUAUGUGAGUUGCAGAUGCAGACAAUGGCACACCCCUCCCCACAUGCGAUUAGUGCUGAGGCUGAUGCAUAUGCAAAAUGGCAAAGACUAUCAGACAUUGAGGAAAGUUACCUAAAGCAAAAGGCAAAGCUCCAUUGGCUGAAAGUGGGUGAUCAAAAUAAUAAAGCUUUUCACAUUCCUGCAACAUUGAGAGAACAAAUAAAUACUAUCAGGGAAAUUCUUUGUGACGAUGGGAGAUUGGUUGAUAAACUAGACCAUAUCAAGCUGGAAGCGGAGAGUGAUAAGCAACUUCUGACUCAUGAUGUCACUAAUGAGGAGAUUAGGAGAGUGUUAUUUUCGAUGCCAUCAAGCAAAUCACCAGGUCCUGAUGGUUUCACGACAGAGUUUUUCAAGGAGUCUUGGUCUAUUGUGGGAGAGGAUUUCUUAGUUGCGGUCCAAUCUUUUUUUCAAACUGGCUUCUUACCUAAGGGCGUCAACUCCACCAUCUUAGCCUUGAUUCCAAAAAAGAAAAAAGCAAAGGUUAUGAAAGAUUAUCGACCGAUAUCUUGCUGCAAUGUGAUCUACAAGGUGAUCUCCAAAAUCCUUGCAAACCGGCUAAAGAUUAUUCUACCCAAGUUUAUCACUCCUAAUCAGUCUGUUUUUGUUAAAGAUAGACUGUUAAUGGAAAACGUUCUCUUCGCUACAAAGAUUAUUAAAGAUUAUCAUAAGGACACGGUUUCCCCCAGGUGUGCAAUGCAGAUAGAUAUAUCAAAAACCUUUGAUUCAGUGCAGUGGGACUUCCUUCUCACAACUCUUCGAGCGCUGGAUAUCCCGAAACAAUUUGUGCUCUGGAUAAAAACUUGUAUCACGACGGCCUCUUUCUCUGUCCAAGUCAAUGGCGAGUUAGCUGGAUAUUUUGGUAGUUUGUGUGGUCUUCGUCAAGGGUGUUCUCUCAGUCCUUAUUUGUUCGUUAUUUGCAUGAAUGUGCUGUCCUGCAAGCUUGAUAAGGCAGCUCAAGAAAAGGUCUUCAGCUUCCACCCGAAUUGUAAACAUCUGCAGUUAACUCAUUUAUGCUUUGCCGACGAUCUGAUGGUCUUUGUAGAUGGAGACAAGACAUCUAUUCAAGGUGCACUACGUGUUUUUGAUGAUUUUGCAAUUCAUACAGAACUGAAUAUUAGCCUGGAGAAAUCAAUAUUAUAUAUGGCUGGUGUCUCCACUGAUCAGAAGAGAGAGAUUCUUCAGCAAUUGCCUUUUGCUUUAGGCUCUUUACCGGUUCGGUAUCUUGGUCUCCCGCUCCUCCCAAAGCAUAUGUCCUCUUCAGACUAUCUCCCUCUGUUAGAAAACAUACGUUCAAAGAUAAAUUCUUGGACUGCUAGAACACUCUCGUUUGCUGGACGUCUUCAGCUUCUCCGAUCGGUUAUUUUCAGUAUUACAAACUUUUGGAUUUCUGCCUAUAGACUUCCUAAAGCAUGCAUUCACGAAAUUGAUCAGCUGUGCUCGGCUUUCCUGUGGUCUAGCCCAACUUUAAAUGCUAAGAAGAUUAAGUUAACAUGGACAGAGGUUUGUCUCCCUAAGUCUGAGGGUGGUUUGGGGCUUCGUUCAUUAUGUGAGGCUAAUAAUGUGAGUGUCCUAAAGCUGAUUUGGAGAAUUAUCUCUGCCAAGGGCUCACUAUGGGUUAACUGGAUCCACCGCUACCUCAUUCGCAGUGGCUCUUUCUGGUCGGAAAAAGAUAACACCGUUUCUGGAUCCUGGAUUUGGAAGAAGCUUCUAAAGUACAAGGACCUAGCAAAACAGUUUCACCGCAUAGAGGUUUAUAAUGGUGAGUCCACUUCAUUCUGGUUUGAUGACUGGAGUUCUUUGGGUCGUCUAUACGAGAAGGUUGGGGACCGUGGUUGCUUAUCUAUGGGAAUACCAAUCUCAAGUACGGUAGCUGAAGCAAUGGACCAGACUCGCCGUAGACGAAGUCGGAAUGAGUUCCUUAGUUUGAUUGAAGAUGAACUCCACAAGAAACAACUUGUCCGUGAUCAUAAUCGACAAGAUGUUUCUCUGUGGAAGCGGAAAAGUAACGUUUAUCAUAAGAACUUUCGAACAAAGGACACCUGGUUGCACAUCCAUGGAACACAUUCAUUAAUGGAGGAGUCUCGAACUCGCAACAGGGGAACAUAUGGUAAACUGGAACACAACCGCAAAUCCAGGCUGUGUUUUCUGCAAUCAUCUGAUGGAGACACGAGAGCAUUUGUUUUUUCUCUGUCCGUUCACGCAGCAGCUUUGGGAGUCGUUGGUAAAAGGCUUAUUACGGACAAGUACACCACAGAUUGGACGCAGAAUGCUAUCCACUCAAUUUGGUGGGAGAGAAACGAUAGGAGACAUGGGGAAUCACACUCAUCGGUGGAGAAGCUGGUGAAGUUUAUCGACAAAAACGUUCAUAACAGGGUCAACACAAUGCCUGAUAAGGAUGGCACCCUCAUUCAGGCUUGGUUGGCAUCAAGGUUCCACUGA